UGUCAUAGCCCCGACUGCAGCUAAAUUCACCGCGUCCAGGGCUGACCACAAGCUCAGCACACAAUGUCGCAAUCCCUCCGCCCGUACCUGCAGUGCGUGCGCACCUCCCUCACAGCCGCCAUCUCGCUCUCGAACUUCGCCUCGCAGGCCUCGGAACGACACAACGUGCCCGAGAUCGAAGCCGCAUCCUCUCCCGAAGUGAUCCUGAACCCACUCACCGUAUCGCGCAACGAGAACGAGCGCGUCCUGAUCGAGCCCAGCAUCAAUAGCGUGCGGAUAAGCAUCAAGAUCAAGCAGGCAGAUGAGAUCGAGCACAUCCUGGUCCAUAAGUUCACACGGUUUUUGCAACAAAGAGCGGAGAGCUUUGUUAUCUUGAGGAGGAAACCGAUUAAGGGAUAUGAUAUCUCGUUUCUGAUUACGAAUUUCCAUACCGAGGAGAUGCUGAAGCAUAAGUUGGUAGACUUCAUCAUUCAGUUUAUGGAGGAGGUGGACAAGGAGAUCUCGGAGAUGAAGCUCUUUUUGAACGCCAGAGCACGUUUCGUGGCCGAGUCUUUCCUUACACCUUUCGAUUAAGCGUCAAAUUAGCGAGCGAUGUACAAAGUGGAGCCGGGGUGGAAGCAAACUGCAGUGUCUGGGAACAGUGGCUGUAGGCCCAAUAAAGACUCCAGGCCACCACGCUACAGAGGCGUAGCAAAGUCACAACAUAGACGGCUGCCGCACAGAAGGCUGGCUGCUAGCAAAUGAACCCCAAAAUUCACACAAACAAGCGCCACAUCACC